UCUCCUCCUCACUCGUAGUCGUAGCCUACCGUGACCCAAGUAUUAUCGGAGUCAGCAAAGAGCAGCUAGGACCAGGACGCAAAUUGGAGAGACAUGAGCCUGCUACCCUCCUUCACACAGUUGUGUCUGCUACAGAUGUUCUGGUGCAACAGCGGCUGGAGCGCCUCGACCGAUUCCUUCCUGAAUCCGUUCAAUCAGUGGACGGAUGAUAUUGAUUUAGGACAGAUUCCAAGGCUUUACAGGAGGGAGGAGGUCGGAAAUCUGGUGUGGAGGGAUGAGAACGAGGAACAAGUACAGAAUGUGUUCAAGAGAUUCCUCUUUCAUUAUUCCAAAGCUCACAACGCCUUAGGUGCCAUGCAGCACAUCCAACACAAGUCCAGCUCAGUCCAUCCUCUGAUGAGGCUCUUCCCCAAACUCUCCCAAAGGAGGAAGAAGCAGCUCGUAAUGAUGAUCCGAGAGCUCCCAGACAGGAUAUAGAUUAAACACCACGGAGGAAGAGGACAAGGACACCAUCUUAACGCCAUUUCAUCAUUUAACACUAGUUAUUAUAUUAAUAAAACAUCUGCAAAACUCUGUCUUCCUGUUGUGCGGUCCAUCUACUCAUGUUUAUAUUUUGUAGGUCAGUAUGGAUGUAGACAAACGUAUAAUCACGUGUGUAUAUAUAUAUGUAUAUGCGCAGGUAUGGAUAGUGUACAAAGUAUGUAGGAAUAUAUUUGGUGUAUGAAUGUGUAAUUUUUGUGUAAAUGUUUACUGUUCAGCUCCGUUUAUGUAUAAACCUCUUUAAAAGAAUAAACACAGAAUCACUGAAGAAUAAACAAAGAUUAACUCAUUUUAAUCCAACAUGUAUAAAAUGUAUGACAUUGUUGACAUGAUUAUAUACAUAUUUUCAAACAUAAUAAAAAGGAGUGGGUUCGUGUUCAACGACUUCGUAGAUUAUGUUUGUUGGGGAGGAAG